GGAAACUGAAAUAUCCUGGAGAGAGUUUAACUCCUGCUUCAGAGGGAGGCUGCCUGACACUGAGGAGGCUGAACACGGAAAGCCACAAGGGAGAUCUGUAACCAAAGGAGACUGAGUGAAAGCACAGGAGACAAAUCACCUUGAAUUUCUUAAUUUUUGAAGUUCGUGACAAUGGCAACUUAUUUUGGAGUUACCUCCGCAGUGUUUUUCAUCUGGGUUAUGACAUUCAUGGCUCAAAGUUACUUUAUAACAGGUUCCAUUGUUCCACCUUGCAGGAUAACAGGUGUAGGAAUUUACCUUGAGGAGAAAGUGAAUUUCUCAGAAGCAAGUAAUGCAUGUAAUCAACUGAAUCUACAACUGGCAACUAAAGACCAAGUUGAAAAUGCUUUGAAACAUGGCUUUGAAACGUGCAGCUAUGGAUGGGUGAAAGAUGGAUUGGUUGUCAUUCCUCGGAUAACAUCCAACCAGAAAUGUGGUAAGGGCAACACUGGACUAGUGCCAUGGCAUGCUGAACUCUUUAAAACUUUUAAGGUUUACUGCUUCAAUUCCUCAGAUGUUCAGAUUAAUUCAUGUAAACCAGAUCCAACUACAGCCAUACCACCUUCAUCAACUGCACCAAUGGACUUAACUGCAUAUUCAGGCUCUGAUUUGACUGAGAACAUCACAGCAGUGCCCAAUGUGACUGAGUCAGAACAAUCCCUGAAAAAUAUAAAAUUUCGUGUAAUAUGUGUAACUGAAACUAUAUUACCAACAGAAGGGACUACUACAAAAAUGCCAGAGGAAUACUCACCAAUUGACUCUCCUAACUACACUUCCCAUGCUGCCUUUAAGAACGAUGCCACUGUCUUUGGAGGUGUCCCCACUGCACUUCUUGUACUGGCAGUCAUCUUCUUCAUUAUUUCCGUUGUUCUAGCAGUUUGCUAUAUCAAAAAGUACAAGACAACCUUCCAAUUUUCAAACAAGAAUCAGCAAAAAGAAAUGGUUGAAACUACUGCUCUCAAAGAGGCGAAGUCAAAUGACAAAACACCUGAAAAGGAAACAAAGAAUAAUGGAAAAAAGGUAGAAGAGUCUAAAGCCAAGCCUGAGGCCACAGUAAAAUGUCUAGAAGCAGAAGUUUAAGGGGAAGCAUGUACACUUCUUGACAGAAAUACAAAACGAAGCACACAGAACUUAGCAACGCUUUUAAACAUGGGUGAUUGUAAAUACUCAUGAAUGAAUAUUUUCUCUAUCUUAACAUAUGAAAACUUGUUUUUUUUAAUAAUUACAUCAUUAGCUAUAAAUGCUCUUGCAGAAGAACAUGGUAUCUUAUUUACUUGAAAUAAAUAAAAUCCAUAUUACAGCUCAUUUUUCGUCUUUAAUAAAGAAGUAAUUAGGAAUAUGCUUUUAACGACAUGCAAUGUGUUAACUAUUUGCACAGAAUUCAGAUCAAUGUAUAAUGAAAAGGGGGUUUUUUAUCUGGUUGGAGAAUGUCUAAUAACUUAAUGUCUAAAAUAAAAUGAUACUGUAGCUCUUCCUCAUGUAGAUUAGUUUAUUUCCAUUAAGUAGUUGCAUACUGUUUUUAAAAAGUCUGUUUACAAACAGAAGAAAUAAAGUCUGUUUACAAGCGAGUAAAAAAUCAAAGGAUCAACCCACUGUCAUUCAAAUACCCAAGAAGGGUACAAAGAUGCUGAUGUUUAUAUAUAUAUACAGCAAUGAAUAACGUUCUUAGAUAUCUUCGUCAUAUCAUAAUUUACUGUUUUAUUUAUUAAAACCUGUAUCAUUCUUCUGCAUCAGAUAUUUGACACGGAAAAAACCCCAACCAUCUCAAGAGUUAUAUUUAAGAUCUUUUGUACAUAUUUGUGUGGCUUUCAUAAUAAAGAUCUCAAGUGG